AUGGACCCCCGGAGUCAGGCUUCUCAGAUACGGAAGCGUCAAAGAGAAGGCUCACCAGGCGGUACCCAGAAAGACGAUAGUCCACUACAGUCACCAUCAACUCAGACUUUACCCAAGGUCAGCUUGCCGCGCAUCACAACGGCCAAGCCUCGGACCCGUCGAGCGAGCAGAGCUUGUAUUAGUUGUAGAGAGCAAAAGGCAAAAUGCACUGGGGGAUCGCCAUGUGAGAGAUGCCGCGAGCUGAAAGCCGAGUGCGUGUUUGUUGCUAACAAGAAUGAGAAGGUCGCAAGGCGACUGCAGGAUCUCGAGCAGCGGUUGAAGGAAUUCUACCGUUUGCUGCGGCGCAUUCAGCCGAGAGCAGAUGCCAAGGACCAGCCAUUGAUCGCUAAAGCUCUGGAAAAGGAGACGCCGCCUGCGAGUCUUAGCCCGAGCAGCGAUCUAUCCAUCGACGCUAUUACCCGCCUCGUAACUCCGACCACCGAUCCCAUCGAAGAAGACUUCAACAAGGACAAGAUAAGUCAGGCGACGGGAUUCAUCGGUGCACACUCGGACUCGAUCAGCUCCGUCAAUUAUUUCCUGGAUGGUGAAGAGCUCUCGGUUGAUCUCUCGGUGCAGCCAUUUACUAUCCCUCCGCAAGAUGUCGCAGACGAACUUCUGGACACCUACUUUGACAUGGUGCAUCCUGGGUUCCCCAUUGUCGGCAAAACGGUCUUUCUACAUCAGUAUCGACGGUUAUACUCCGAACCCCAAUCCAAGCCGCCAAAGAAAUGGCUGGCGAUUUUUAACUUGAUCCUUGCCAUUGCUGCGCAGCAUUUGAGCUUGACGUAUUUUGAUGAGGCGGACGAAUGGCACGACCCAACGAUAUACUUCUCCCGGGGAAGCAAGCUGGGAUUGACCGACACGCCUUUGAUUCCUCACCCUGACAUUCAACAAGCCCAAAUCGAAGGACUUGCUGCAUUUUACCUGCUGAUCAUUGGUCAAGUGAAUAGGGCUUGGAGAAUAUCCGGUACGGCAACUUGUUCCGCUAUCGCUAUGGGUCUUCAUCUCAGGAGUGUGAGCAAAGAUACCUUGGAUAUCUCGAAAGAGCUUCGUUGUCGAGUUUGGUGGUCAAUCUUCGUUCUCGAAACUACUCUGUCAGUCAUGACCGGUCGGCCGUACAGCGUGGCGAAUCAGUUCUGCACGGCGCCGUUGCCCCUUCCUUUUGACGAGGACCAGUUUGGGGAUGCGUUUGUUGCUCGCUUGCUCGCAGAUGCCAAUGCUCGACGCGCUCUUUCCAAAUCCCUGCUGUCGUCAACGGCUCCGGAUGCGGGAGCCUAUCUUCCCGCCGUCAAGCCGUGCGCCUCGCUCUACUUUUUGUUCACAGUUGAAAUAGCCCGGAUUAUGCGAUGCGCAAUCAACCUUCUGUACGCUCCGGCAGCCACCAGGUCGAGCAGCUACUCAGUGGAAAAAGCCCUUGAAGACCUUAUUUCGACCGUCAACUCCCUGCAAAGAAGGCUGCCCGAGCCAUUCCAGUUCAGUCGCCCUCGGGAGGACCCGGCAUUUGAGACGCAGCGAUGGUGCCUUGCUUUUCAGUUCUAUAGCGCGAAAAUGACGAUUGCCCGCAUCGCUAUUUACCGAUGGGAGCGAAGUGGUCAAGCUACCAGUUCUAGGUGGAAGGAGAUGUCGGAGAUCUGCACCAAUGCGGCCUGCAAUAUGCUCUCGCAGUUGCCCGACGAGCCUGACGUUAUCUGGCUGGCUCGCAUUGCUCCCUGGUGCUGGAUCUUGCAUGAUCUCAUGCAAGCCCUCACUGUGCUGUUAAUCGAGUUGGACUCUCGCGUCAAGCACGGAGCCAAGGAUUCGGAGCUAAUUUCAAGAUACAUACAGAAAGGCAUGCACUGGCUUUUAGCCAUGGCUUCUCGGCAUCCUGCUUCAGAGCGAGCGUGGCAGAUCUGUCAAGAUCUCUACCUACGGCUUACUCCUGCCGCGGUGCCCUUGGCUCUCCGUCGUCGCACGCUGGCACGAGCUUCUCAAUCGAUUUGCCAGGUUGAGCUCAUCUAUUCUCACCGAAUAUGGGCAGUUGAGGGUCAAAAGUUAUUUUAG